AUGGUGCUACGCCGCGGCCCAAAACGCAAGUGCAACACCAAACGCAAGUGCGACACCAAACGCAAGUGCGACACCAAACGCAAGUGCGACACCGAACGCAAGUGCGACACCGAACGCAAGUGCGACACCGAACGCAAGUGCGACACCGAACGCAAGUGCGACACCGAACGCAAGUGCGACACCGAACGCAAGUGCGACACCGAACGCAAGUGCGACACCGAACGCAAGUGCGACACCGAACGCAAGUGCGACACCGAACGCAAGUGCGACACCGAACGCAAGUGCGACACCGAACGCAAGUGCGACACCGAACGCAAGUGCGACACCGAACGCAAGUGCGACACCGAACGCAAGUGCGACACCGAACGCAAGUGCGACACCGAACGCAAGUGCGCGACCGAACGCAAGUGCGCGACCGAACGCAAGUGCGCGACCGAACGCAAGUGCGCGACCGAACGCAAGUGCGACACCAAACGCAAGUGCGACACCAAACGCAAGUGCGACACCAAACGCAAGUGCGACACCGAACGCAAGUGCGACACCGAACGCAAGUGCGACACCGAACGCAAGUGCGACACCGAACGCAAGUGCGCGACCGAACGCAAUGCGACCGAACGCAAGUGCGAGACCGAACGCAAGUGCGAGACCGAACGCAAGUGCGAGACCGAACGCAAGUGCGAGACCGAACGCAAGUGCGAGACCGAACGCAAGUGCGAGACCGAACGCAAGUGCGAGACCGAACGCAAGUGCGAGACCGAACGCAAGUGCGAGACCGAACGCAAGUGCGAGACCGAACGCAAGUGCGAGACCGAACGCAAGUGCGAGACCGAACGCAAGUGCGAGACCGAACGCAAGUGCGAGACCGAACGCAAGUGCGAGACCGAACGCAAGUGCGAGACCGAACGCAAGUGCGAGACCGAACGCAAGUGCGAGACCGAACGCAAGUGCGAGACCAAACGCAAGUGCGAGACCAAACGCAAGUGCGAGACCAAACGCAAGUGCGAGACCAAACGCAGGUGCAUCUCACGCUGCGUCUACCGCUGCGGAUUAACGCCGCGCCCUAAUACUGCUGCUGGCGCCACUGCUAACCCUACGUGCGCCAACGCCACUAACCCCAACGCUCUCCGCUGA